AUGUCCUCUGAAUCUCGCUUAUGUAAAGAAAUUUUGAUUGAGGAUUUUGGUCCAUUUGUAUCAAAAGUGGGCCGUCAGAUGCUCUUGAAAGGUCGAUUGACACUUUCAGACUUGGUUCGAUUCACCGGUCUACCAGCUAAACAAGUUCGAGAGUGUCUUGUUGUGCUUAUUCAACAUGGCAUCACCUUCUUUUCAGAAUCACCUGAAGGCAAAAACGAGCCUACUUAUUAUACCACCGAUGCCGAGAGAAUCAUGAUGCGCCUGCGUAUGGGCUCUAUACUUCGAGAUGUCGAGGAUCGUUUUGGACAUGAGGCCACGACAAUUUGCAAGCUCUUAUUUACUAAUGGACGCAUGACAUUGACAGCUGUUAGAAAGUGGCUGGAUGAGCACGGCAAAUAUUCAAAAAUAGACAAACAUGUACAGGCAUUCACUAAACUGGUGUCCACUCACUAUAUCAAAGCAGUAAUGCCAGAACACAGCCGUUCUACCAUGGAUCGUUACCUAGCAGCAGCCGAAAAGGAGACAGAGAAAUACACCAUUAUGACAGCUAAAGAGCUCCAGCAAGUGAAAACCAACGUCAAAGCACAAAUCGAUGCAGAGUACAGUUCAGUUGAGAUCGUCGGUAUGAAGCGUAAAGCAUUGGAUCCGCUCGAAUAUCAACGCAAACGUGCUGCCAUCGAUGAAUACGGAGGAAACGAUGAUCUUGAAGAUUUGAAUGCGGAAGAGGUGGACGAGAAGAUAUUCUUUGCUGUCAACUAUGAUAAAUUCAACAUGGUGUUUAGAAACGAAUCCAUUGUUGACUUUGCAACAGAGCGCAUUAAUCGCACAGCGGGUGAGAUUGUCAAGGCAUUUUUAGAAUACGGCAAAGACAAGAUGUAUUCUUUAAAGGAAGACGAUUCUCCAUCUGCAACCCCAAUUCAUAUCGCCAACUUUGUUGCUAAAAGCGACAUUGCAACUCGAGGAGACAUCAGCUUACCAAAGGACCCUCUUGACCCUAAAAGAGCCCCUAGUUUGCAGGAGACAGUGCGCGGUUACAUUACCUUACUGAAAACAGACACUGCAGGCUUUGUAAAGUCAAAAGAUGAGCGAGGUGCUAGUCAGUACGCUGUUAAUUUUGCAAAAUUGCGCCAUACAAUGAAGAGAAGAGUUGUGGAAGGGCUUGUCCGUGAGCGUUAUGGCGUUGCUACGUGUCGUAUUCUUAGAAUCCUCAUUGAACGUGGUAAACUAGAUGAAUCUCAAGUUCAGAAAUUAGCCAUGUUACCCCCUAAAGACACUCGAGAAAAACUAGCAUUGCUAAAGACAAAGGGCUUUGUUGAGAUUCAGGAAAUCCCUAGAUCUGCUGAUCGUGCGCCUGGUAGAUGCUUCCACCUGUGGUAUGUUCCACUGGAAAAGUGCUAUGAAGAGCUAUUGGUGGAUGCCUAUCGUGCCAUCUGCAACCUGCAACAACGCAAAGAAUUCGAGCUUAGUAUUCGCAAGCGUCUCAUUGAUAAAACCCUCAGAAAAGAUGUGUUGGAGAAUCCGGAUCUACUUGGAGAGGGCGAAAAGAAGGAAAUUGCAAAUAUGGAUAAGAUCAUUGAGCGACUAGAAGUUGCUAAAUCAAGAAUGGAUUCUGUAGUCAUGAUUUUAAGAGAUUUUUAA